GUUGAGUUGGGGAGAAGAAUGUCGGGUAUAUAAGUCGUCCCCAGGAACUAGGAAGCAGUACUUCACUAUGAAGCGUUUGGUUCUAAUCGCUACAGCUUUGGUUACGGCAUCGGCCGAUUCUCGAAGCUAUGGAGGCUUUGGAGGAGGCCCAGGUUCCGGAGGAGGAGGUUCCGGCCUAGGGCUUGCAGGAAGAGGGUCUGGCUCAAGUUUUGGAGGUGGAGGUUUCGGCUCAGGAGGAUGCGGUCCUGGACAAGUGUUCCAUGCCGGUAGAUGUGUCACUCCACGCGAGAACCGCAAAGUCUUCUUGUACAACGCACCACCCGCACCACCAGUUCCCCAUGGACCUCCACCGUACAUCCCUGAGCCAACCAUUGACACGAAUAUCGUGUUCAUCCAAACACCCGAAGAAGGUCCAGGACCAGACCCCAUUGUCAUACCUCCACCACAACAGCGAAGCGUCGUCUAUGUCCUCAACAGACAGAUACAAGAGCAACAGGGUGUGAUCGAAGUCCCAGCACCGCCAGCAACCAGUCCUGAGGUUUACUUCGUGAACUACGCUGACGGCGAGAACCCAGUUCUUCCCAGCGGUGUGGAUCUUCAGACUGCCUUGAAUGCAGCUUCCCAGGGAGGCGGUCAAGUGAUUGGAGGAGGCGCCGGAGGCAGUGGCGGUGGCUUCGGCGGUAGUGGAGGAAGCGGUGGUUUUGGAGGCAGUGGAGUUGGAAGUGGAUUUGGAGGCAGUGGAGGAAGCGGUGGAUUUGGAGGCAGUGGAGGAAGCGGUGGAUUUGGAGGCAGUGGAAAUGGUGGUGGAUUUGGUGGCAGUGUUAUCAGCGGAGGAUUUGGAGGCGGUGGGGAUAGUGGGGAAAUCAUCGUGAGUGGAGGUGGCGGUGGUUUCAGCAGUGGAGUUCCCCUUCGAGUCGUUACUCUACUCCAUGAUGACUUUUCUUGUUUAGAAUUUGUUGUUUCAUAUUGUAAAGAUUGAUAUUUGAAAUCGUUUAUUUUGUAGAGUUUCUAUUAUUGUAAUAAAAAAUAUUGUUCAAAAUGA